AGUCGCUCGCGGGCUUUGGGAUACGAAGGUUGUGCUGAGCGAAACCCGUAAUGGAAUAAAAUGUGACAGAAAAGUUCGUGAAAACCGGUCGUGUUUGAAUUCGUUUGUGGCGUUUAGGUCCUGCCAAUCGUCGGAGAAAUGAGAAAAAUGACCAGCAAUUUUUGCAAUUGGUUUCUCCACACUUUCAUCAUCAUAUGAGAAAUUCUGUUCCAGUCGAAGUAAUUUCGUGAAUUGGAACAUAGAAGGGUUUUAAGUUCUUUCUUAGAAAGAGCAUUGAGAAGUUUCAAGAAUAGUUCACAAUAAGAUGCCCUUGGGCAGUUUCCAGCCAACUAGAUGUGCUUUUGCGCUGCUUUUUCUACAAACAGCAACUUUCACAUUGUUACCUAACUGUCCACCUGAGUGUAUAUGUCUUUCGCAAACACAGGUAUUAUGCAACUCGGGUGGUCUACAAGAAAUUCCGAAGAAAUUGCUUCCUCCGUCGGUAGAACAUCUCUCCUUAACCCGCAACAACUUUCCCCUAAUCAAAAGCGACUCUUUCUCGGGGCUCCGCUUCUUAAGGAAACUCUCCUUAGACGGCAACAAUAUUUCUAUCAUAAAACCGUUCGCCUUCCGAGGGUUGCCGCGUUUGAAGGAGUUAUCCAUUCAAGAGACGCCGUUGGCUACUGUCGCUCAAUUCGCGUUCGCCGGGCUACAAAAUAUCAGCGCCAUUUAUCUCAGCCACAACAAGAUAAAAAAGGUCGAAUCUUAUGCGUUCGCGGGCACUUCCAAUUUAAGGCUGUUAGUUUUAACGAAUAAUCCUCUGUAUAAAAUUGAACGACAUGCGUUCAGCGGCUUGAACAACGUGGAAAGAAUUAAUUUACCGUCUGGUAUACGAGAGAUAGAGCCUGAUGCUUUCGAUGGUUUAGACACCGUGGGCUAUAUAAAAUUGGCUUUCAUGGAUUUACCAGCUCUUUCUACUGGUAUAUUUAGAGGUCUCACCAACGUAGGAUUGUUGUCAAUUCAAGAAUCAGAUUUAGGUACUAUCGAUGGGUCCGCGUUUAAUGGUAUGUCAUUUAUAAAAACCUUCACUAUCCUAAACAACAAAAUAGACGCCAUCGAGUAUUUCAAUAUAACCGAAGAACAAAAAAUUGGACAUUUGAAGUUUCAAGGCAAUCACAUCCUAGAAAUACCUAAAGCUGAUUCGUUGUUGAUAGAAGUUGAGAAACUCACUGUGAUAUCCAAUCAUUUCCCUUGUAACUGCCAUAUUCAUUCACUCUUAGAAGGACCAUUGACCAAUGGAAGCAUACCAGAUUUCAUCUCGAAGAAUUUUUGUAUAUCACCUUUAGAAGUUAACGGGUUGCCUAUGAACAGUUUAGAUGUAGAUUCUAUUGGAAGAUGCGAAGAAGAAGUUACCAAGGGUAAUCUAGAAGCCUCCAAAGAUUCAACCAAUAAUUCGUAUGAAUUUAAAUUGAGACUCUCUGAUAGUGUUAGUUCCAUUUUGAUUUUAACUAUAAUAUUUAGGUGAAAUAUGCCAAAAUGUUAGUUAGCUUUCAAAUAAUAUAUAUAUUUAUAGUUAUCUGGAGAUUUAUCAGAAAUAUAUUAUAAUCAAUGAAUAUAAUGGCUGAAUGAAAGUCCAUUGUGAUUUCUUUUAAGAGUUUAAACGGCAACUAAAAUCCGUCCAAAGAUGAAUCGGAUGCCGUUAUGGAGUCAUCAGCCUUCUUAUUGUUGUCAUCAAAGUAUAAACUACGUGAAAAUUGACAUGUUUUUAUUCAAUUAUAAAUCCUUUCUACUCCUGUAGGACGUAGACUCUUGAUAAAAAGAAAAAAUGAUUACAACUCUAUUCUAAUAGUAGAAAAGAACUUUAUUCAGUCAGAGACUGGAGCCUACUAAUUUCAAACAAAGAUUGGAUUUUAUUUCUCUAAUUGCUGAUGAUCCUUCGGUUUUAAAUCAAGUAUUAUGAAGUGAUGAAAGCACAAUGUGUAGUGAAUAACAUAUAAUGCCCAUUAUUAGUCGGAAAUCCACACUGAGGUCUUUUAGCUCAUAUCCAAUCGUUUGGGUAUAAAUGUUUGGGGUGGGUUAUUUAAUGGUCAAUAGAAAUAUAUUUUAAUGCCAUUCAAAGUCAUUUUAUACAUAUUUUUCAAUGUACCAUCCAUUUAUGGCAUAUUCUAUCACACUCCACAUUGUUGAUUAACAACCCUCACCACUGAAUUAUUUCCAAUUAAUCCAUGACUUUGUUUGUCAUUAUAUAGUUCAUUGUUAUAUCUCAAAAUUCUAUAUAUAAAAUCAAUAGAUGGAUAUUGAUGAAGAAUUUGAUUUGAUUCCACCAAAACUAUCAGAAACUUCAUGCAACAUCGUAAAUGUAAAAUAGAUUGGUAUACCAAAACGUAUAUGUUGAGUUGUUCCAAAAGUAAAGUUUUUAAUAAGUUACACCCUCGAGGAAAAGUGCUAGGCUAAAUCCGAAGUCAGCGGUAGCCGUUAGAGGUGGAAUUGUUGUUGUUCAAAACGAAAAACGGAGUAGAACACCGCCGGUUCUGGAUGAGAUUGUCCAGAAAAUCAAAUAUCUCAGAGUCACUGUUCUACAACUUGUUGAAUGCUUUCCUGGAGCAUGGCAUAAUUGAAAGAACUUCAACAGAAACUUUGAAUUAUUCUCAAAGUGAGUGCUCGUUGGGUUCCCCGGACGCUGACUGAUUGACACAAGAAGCAACACCUUCACUGUGCUCACAAGUUUCUUUCAACAAUAUGUAAUAGUUACAGAUUGUUAAUCAUUUAGCACGAGCCGCCCCUGGCCAUCAUAUAGUGGUGUAGAAUUAUUUAUUUCGGUAAACACAUUACAUGGACAUGGAUAAUCAUCCAUUAAAAAUUCAUAAUGAUCGAAUGUACAAUUCAGAAAAUAUACUUAAAUAUGAGUUCUGAUUUCGCAAAUUUAAAGACGUAUAACUCGGAAACUAGGGAUUGUAAGAGAAAUGUUUUUUGUCACAUUAUUUUCACGUAAUCCACUCACUCCUGAAUUUUUUGCAUCAAGUCCCUGGUAGGGUUCCCAGGUCGCCGAAGAAAACAUGUGGAUAAGAAGUAGUUUAUGUUCUAGCACAUGCAAAAACUAACAAGAUGUUUCUUAAAUAAAUAGAAAACACAAAUUUCCUAAGAAAAUUCACUCAUAUAAAAAGUACAGUGAAAAAUGUAUCACAAAAAACUAA